GUUUCAGCUUAAUCCGCACCCAAACUGCCGCAGUUCAAGUUGGAAAAUUCGGCCUGGCCGCAGAAAAGUUGCCGAAAAAUUGUGGAAAAUUAAGAAAAUACCUUAGAAAAACUAAGCUGCCAGUGUGAAAGAAUUCCUAUACAUAUACAUAUUUAACUAUGCCAGGCCUGCAUAUUAAAUAGAAAGACAACUCCCAGAAGCAAGGACAAUGGAUUUAUUUGGCAGGACUUGGCUGCUAUGCAGCAUCAUGUCUCUGCUAUUGAUUGCACGAGUCAGUGCAUCCGAAGACGAAGAGCGCCUGGUGCGUGACCUCUUUCGAGGCUACAAUAAACUCAUACGACCCGUACAAAAUAUGACACAAAAAGUUGGAGUAAGAUUUGGUUUGGCGUUCGUACAGCUAAUCAAUGUCAAUGAGAAAAAUCAAAUUAUGAAAUCAAACGUUUGGUUACGUUUGGUUUGGUACGACUAUCAGCUGCAAUGGGAUGAGGCUGACUACGGCGGAAUCGGGGUGUUGCGACUGCCCCCGGAUAAGGUUUGGAAGCCGGAUAUUGUGCUCUUCAAUAACGCCGAUGGCAACUACGAGGUGCGCUACAAGUCCAACGUCUUGAUCUAUCCCACGGGCGAGGUGCUGUGGGUGCCGCCCGCCAUUUACCAGAGCUCCUGCACCAUCGAUGUCACCUAUUUCCCGUUCGAUCAGCAGACGUGCAUCAUGAAGUUCGGCUCGUGGACUUUCAAUGGCGAUCAGGUCUCGCUGGCCCUCUACAACAAUAAGAACUUUGUGGAUUUGUCGGAUUAUUGGAAGUCUGGCACCUGGGAUAUUAUCGAAGUGCCCGCCUACCUGAAUGUCUACGAGGGCGACAGCAAUCAUCCCACCGAGACGGACAUCACAUUCUACAUUAUCAUCCGACGCAAAACUCUGUUCUACACGGUCAAUUUGAUUCUUCCCACGGUGCUGAUCUCAUUCCUUUGCGUGCUUGUCUUCUAUUUGCCUGCAGAGGCGGGGGAAAAGGUCACGCUGGGCAUUAGCAUUUUGCUGUCACUGGUUGUGUUCCUGUUGCUUGUGUCAAAGAUCCUGCCACCCACGUCGCUGGUGCUGCCGCUGAUCGCCAAGUACUUGCUCUUCACCUUCAUCAUGAACACGGUGUCCAUUCUGGUCACGGUCAUCAUCAUCAAUUGGAAUUUCCGUGGACCGCGCACUCAUCGCAUGCCCAUGUGGAUACGUUCGGUGUUCCUGCACUAUCUGCCCGCCUUUCUGCUAAUGAAGCGUCCGCGCAAGACCCGUCUACGCUGGAUGAUGGAAAUGCCCGGCAUGAGCAUGCCCGCCCAUCCGCAUCCCUCUUACGGCUCGCCCGCCGAGUUGCCCAAGCAUAUCAGCGCUAUCGGCGGCAAGCAGUCCAAAAUGGAGGUGAUGGAGCUGUCCGAUCUGCAUCAUCCCAAUUGCAAGAUCAACCGCAAGGUCAACAGCGGCGCCGAGCUCGGCCUGGGCGAUGGCUGUCGGCGCGAGAGCGAGUCCUCCGACUCCAUACUGCUCUCGCCCGAGGCCAGUAAGGCCACGGAGGCGGUCGAAUUUAUUGCCGAGCAUCUGCGCAACGAAGAUCUCUACAUACAGACUCGCGAGGAUUGGAAGUACGUGGCCAUGGUGAUCGAUCGCUUGCAGCUGUAUAUUUUCUUCAUAGUGACCACAGCGGGCACCAUUGGCAUUCUGAUGGAUGCGCCACAUAUCUUCGAGUAUGUCGAUCAGGAUCGCAUUAUUGAGAUCUAUCGUGGAAAGUAAAUGAAAAUAAAAGCCACAUAACGCUCCAUUCAACUGGGCACACAACUAAAAGGUUAAACAUUGCAAACGCAACAAUAAAAAAUAAAAAUAAAUUUAAAAA